GUGCGCAGUAAACCCACAGACGGCGACAACAUCAACAAGCAAUCACACUGCGUCUUCUUCUACUUCUUCUUCUUCGUCGACUACCAAUACCACUACUGCUACUACUAAGUGGUCUUGAGGGCUAGAUCUCAGUACAAACAUACAUAUAUCCUUAUCUCCUCUAUACAAUUCAUCAUUAUACAAUACCGCUUUAUAUAUAUGUAUAUUUUUUCCAACAAGUACCCUUACUACUGUUAUUUCCCCCCUCCCCACCGAACAUUUUUUAUCUUUCUUUCCCCACUUUGACACGCGCUGAAAAAGAAAAAGAAAAAUAUCUGGCUAUCUCCUCAUGUCAGUGCAACUUCAACGUGCUGUGCCUCGACACAUUAUCUUUUGUGUCGAUGUGUCGGGCGAAAUGAAUGAAACCAUUUGUCCUACCAUUGAUGGUGGCGUUCAUCAAAACCUGAAGGAAGCAAGCUCGCGCCUGGACACGGUGAUCCUUUUAAUCAAGCGAUACAUUGCCACCAACAGGAUUUUGGCCCCGAAAGAUACCUAUGCCAUUGUUGGCAUGAUGGAAAAAGCUUAUUGGAUGAUGAACUUUACUUCUGAACCAAGAGUCAUCCAUAAAAACCUUGCAAGUCUCGUUACCCAUGAGCACUGCUCGACAUUCGAUACCGACAGUUUGUACAGGGUCAUUAGUGAAAAUGCCGCAUUGAACAAUGACGUUCACAACCGUCUUGUUCACGCCAUUGUGUUUUAUGGACGAACGGACGUGAUGCCUCAACCUCUUGGUCAAGACUACGCUUGGAUACGCAACUGUUCCAAUUUCGCAUUUGAUUUGAUGUUUCUUCAUGGUCCAGCGCGUGAUAGCGAGCUUUGUCAGGCUGUGUAUGACUUUUGGGUAAACAUAGAACCCCAUGUCGUAUCAAGUUGGUACUUUGAAUUUUCCAAGCUCGGCCGUAGUUCAAUGACCAAAGCCAUGGCUCAAUUGACUGCUCAUCCACUUCAACGUGGUGAUCAAGAACGUAUCAACGAUCUCGUCACAUCAGAAAUGAAACGACCCGAAACCAUUUAUUUGUCAGAUUAAAAGAAAAGGCACUAGGUAGUACAUGGCACUGUAGCAACUGUUGUUGUUGUUGUUGUUGUUCCUUGAUGUUGCAUUCCAUUUCUAUUUUUACGAGCACCAUUGCCAUUACUACUAUUAUCACGAU